UACACUUUCUGUAUGUCGUAACAACCGUGUAAUUUACAAUGCAUACAUUUCUUAGUUUUUUUUCUUCUAGAUUUUAAACUCUAGCGAUUUAGAAAUCUAAUUUCUAUGUAUACUGUAUGUUCUGUUGAUUUAAAUAAACGUACGCCAACAGACAAGAUUUACAGUUAAAAGCGCUUUAAAAAAUAAUUAAUAAUCAAAUGACCUUUCCAGUGGUUCUAGGUCCAAUAUUCUUGUUAUGUUUGACACUUAUUUGAGAAAAAAAUGUGGACUUGUUAUAACUUAUAAUACUAUUUUUUUUAAAUGUUUUUAUUUAUUGAUUUAUUUUUUUAGGCUACUAUUUGAUUGUAGUUUGGGUCAGCAAUUUUACAACUCAAUGAAAAAAAACAAAACAAAGCAGUGGGAUACAGUAUUUCACCACAUAAAAAGAGGAGUAUAUUUACAAAUAGAUUAAGGCGCAGUAUACAGAACCUGCAGUUCUCCCGUGUACCUGUAUCAGGUAACGAAGCCUCAAGCUCCACCAGCUCGUGACGUCGGGUGCUAAAUCAUCAGGGUGUGUCCAAACAGAAAGAGGAAGCUGACAAUAUUUCGACCUGUUAUGGUCACCAAUGUACUUUUAAAUGUAGCUAUACUCUUGGAUUGGAAGCUGACCUCGUAUGUAAGGUUGAAGAACACGUUUAUGAAGAAGGAAGGUCAAACUUCAAUAAAAAAGAAACUAAAACCUAAAUCUGGAAUCUGAUAUGGAGAACAAUGUUCUGGUUCUUCUUUCUGCACGAAAACAGCAACCCUGGCAAAUAAAGAGUGAUUCAUUCUGCAAUGCAGUGUGUGAAAAGAAACUAACUACAGUUGAAACACACAGCCUGGUAAGCGAGGAAGCAGGUUAAGUCAAUACUGAGCACACAGAGCUAUGAACAUACAGCUCAUUUGUGAAGAGAGUUAAUCGGUGGAAGAUGGGUAUCUGGCUUUGUGCUCAAUUUCUACACAUUUUUAUGAGCGUUGAGUAUGUUAACAUAUUGAAACAUAUAUAAAAAAGCAGCAGAUUGGAAGUACAGUAACAGUACCUGGAGGGUGGAUCUGAAAGACAUGGAUGAGUUGGAAACUGAGGAUUGCAAUGGAAACUGGAACUGUAGAAACUCUCAUUCCUGGAGCGAUUUUGAAGGGUCCGCUUGGUGUUCUUUUCCUCAGUCCAACCCUGCAGGUAAUUUCCAUGAGCCUGACUAUUUGAAUAACCCCUUUGGGGAGUGGAGUACUUUUGGGGAAAGUGACCAGCUGAACAAUAGUGCUUUCCCACCUGGAGAACAGUUGAAAUGGAAAACUUCAACCAUCAAUAUGGAUGCAAGUUCUCUAGACAAGGUGCAGAACGUGACAGAUUUCAAGAUGGUUUUUAAGAACAGUUUCCCUUUAGUUGAAGUUGAAGAAAGAACUGAGGAUAUAAGGCCACUACUGGAGCUACUUGAAGACUCUCCGCAGGAAGAGGCUCCUUUUGACCAACAGAUCACCAGUCAAUGUAGUAGCCCUGGGUCAUUAUGGAGAAGUCUGCAGGAUGAAAACAAUGCUGUGGGUUUAGAACAGUGGAAAGAGUCUCACAGCCAGAAGAGACUGUUCACUACAAUUGGGAUCGACACAACCCUGCAGACUCUAGAAACUGUAAAGGAGGACUUUUGGGAAAACGAUGAGGAAAUGUCUGACACUGCUACAUUACCAAGCACUGGAACUAAGGACCUGAUUCAAACCAAGCUGUUUGUGCCUCUGUGUUCACGAAAUGCCCAAAGUUUUAUCUACCACAUAUCUCAUCAGUGGUUACAGAUAAACAGUCAACUGAGCAUUCAAAGCAAGAAGAAAGGCUUUUUGUUUUAACUCUUAUUGCUAUUUUCAUUUGCACUAUAGGACUACAAGUCAGGUAAUGAAUAAUUGUGGAACAAAGAGUCUUGUUUUAGUUUAAUGUGUUUGUGUUGCAACUGACUGCAAACCUCACUGUAAUCAUUUCUUACAGAAUUUCUCAAUGUCAGUACAUUUUAGAUGCCCAGAGGUUUAAACCUGCAUAUGUAAGGUGGCACCUUUUUAUACUCUUUUGUAAGGUAAUAAUCGGGCACCAUCUUACAGCUGCACAUGGGAAAGACGGGGGAAAAGAUGAGGAAUAUUUGACUUUUUUAUGAAGACCUGAUGAUGCUUAAUAUGUAUAAAAGUGUAAAAAUAACUCAGGCUUUCCACAGGGACAAUGAUUGUUCAUUCCAUGCCCAGCAACAUACCAUGUUUACCUUCUUCACUUUUUUUUUUUUAAUCCACCAAGACAGUUUUAUCAAAGCGUGUGUUUACAAGAAGUUUCUUUAGUUUUAGAUGCUUAAGUGUAUAACUGGGUGUUUAUCUAAGAACUGCUGCUUCCUCCCAGGAUUUGAGUCAGCAAACCUAAUUAAAUGACAUGCAAAUUGAAACCGACUUAACAAUUGGGUUAUCAUUGUUACAAAAAGAUUUUGAAGAAAACCUCCUGCACAAGUAGGGCAAUAAUGUUUAGUAUUUAAAUGUUCAAAUAUUUUAUUAAUUACAAAUUUAGUACAUUUAUAUAACAUUCCUCUAAACCUGAGAGAUCUCAGGCACCCAGGACUGACAAAUCUUCUUAAUUUUUUGGAAUACUAAAGAGCAUAAAUUCCUGCUCUUCAAAUGUACUUUAUUUUUGUAAGGGUAGAAUUGUUAGCAAAAGAACAAAAGGAAGAAAAGUGGUCUUUUACUGGUAAAUACGGUUAAGCCUUAAGAAAAGCACUGUCUUUGUGAAUACGGGCUACACACUGUCAACAGUCAUGUUAUCUGUUAAUGCUUCCAAGAGAAUACAAAACGAUAGCUGGUGUUUCCAACGUGGAUGUGAAGAUAAACUGCAUCAUACCUGUAACAAAUUGGUAAAUGUUCUAUCUUGCUGAGCUGUAAAAUCUGUGGAAAAAAAAAAAAAAAAACUUAACACCAUACACCAACAUAGUUUAUGCAGUUAAAUUAAACUAUUACCAUAAAUAGUAAGACCUUUUAGCUUUGUUAAAUUUAUAUAAAAUGUUACUUGGCUUAUAUUACUUGAUGUUUCUUAGCUGAUCAAUACAUACUGUUCUUGUUCCAAGCUCUUCAAGUAUCCAAGAAGCGCCCUCCCAUCACAAUUAUUUUACUGCUGUAUAUGAAUAUUCUUGCAGCAGGCUGCACGUGAUGUAAUAUGCAGUGAUUUUUUUAGAUUUUUUUUUUCCCUGUUUCUCCUGAGGGGGACGACAGACGGCUGCCUCUUCUAUGAAUGUACUUCCGAUGCACAUUUUGAACUGCUCUGCUUGAACAAUGUUUGUGUUUUUAUAGCAAAAGGCUCACCCAGGACAAAUAGCUGUUCCAUAGUCAGCACCAUUUCAUUAUUUACAAGGUGUCUUGUUGUGAUAUGCUCCAUUUACUACAUUAUCUGAAUGUCUGAAUAAUGGAAGCAAUAAUCGAAAGAACCAUGAACACGUUUUAAUUAUCAGUUCUCACUGUGGUGCCCUAGGAGGUAUGAUUCAGAACUGAUUUGUGAGUGUGUGUAGUGUAAUGUAGUGUAGUGUAGUGUAGUUGGUUGGGGGCAUGUAACACAGAGGUGCCUGCUACCACAGAGGAAAAAAAACUGAUGAUGUCAAGAACGAGUCAGCCAGUAACAAACAAGGUGCUUACUGAGGUGUUAGGAUUUUAAUUGGCUUUGAAUCAUAACUGGUCCAGUGCAAUUUUCAAUUUACUAAUUAUGGUUACACAGCUGAUUGAAGCACAGCUGUGGUUAAAUUGCAGUUAGAGCAGUUUAAAUAUACUGUGACAAGCAUAAUGCAUGGUUUAAUUGUGCAUAGGCUGUUCUUCUGAUACAAGCGGAUUUCUGGAUGGUACGCACUUCUGUUUUAAUCAGUUUACAUACACUGCACUUUCUAUUUGAGUGUUUACUAAAUAUCCAAUUUAUCUUGACUAUUUGAACCUGCUGUGCCUGCUUCAGGUUAACCCUGUUAACAAAUGGUCCAAAGAGUUAAAUGCAGAUCUCCGCACACACCGGUUAUGUAGCUCAGGUAAGACACCUUUAGAACUGAAGGUAAAAUUGUGUGUAUUUUGUUGAAAAGAAAGCACAAUGUUAAGGUGUCAGUUUGAACAGUAAUACUACUUCUGUGAAAUGAUUAGUGUACACUGUAUUCCUUUUAUGGAAUUGUAAUAAAUUAUGUA